UGUGAUACAUUUCCUGCUUUGCUCUGUUCCACUUUACCUUGUGUGGUCCCUAUAUUUAGCUCAGUCCAGGGAAACCAACCAACACAGGCAGGAAAACUAAGUUUGGAAAGAAUUGAAGGAAGUCUAGUGGCCGUUUAGACAAACAGCUCACACACUGGGAUCAGUUCUGGCUGAACACGCAGCAGCAGUGCUGUAUAUGGCUGAGACAGACAAAGGGCUUCGGAGGGACACAGGAGCAUUACAAGAAAGACUUGGGAAAUAUUCGCUUGAGCGCUGACUGGAUAGCUAUGCUAGUCCUUGUGGAUCCAGCUAGUCUUGCGUUUGGAUGUGGGUUUAAACAGACAGCUUGGAUCUAGACGUGAACAUGUUUAGAAGGUGGAUUUGAGUGGUCAACCGAUAGAUCUCAACAUAUUGGAGGUCACAAAUCAGGACUGUCAGGACCGCUGUCGCUCCAGGCUGCUGUGUUUACCAACAAGAGGAGGAGGUCAUAGUGUAGUAUCCAUCAUGGGAGUCUCUCUGCUUCCCAGCCAAUAGCAGCCUGCAGCCUGCAGCAUGCGGCAGCAGUAACAGUUAUCUCAUUGAAAGGACUAAUCUUUAACUUGGAUGGUUGCUGACACGCUGCUGUAUAGGCGAACCGUGGCGAAGAAGUGCUGACCUCUGUCCUACUCUCAGCUUGGGACUAUGGGAUCAUCCACAUUGGGAAAGGCAGCAUCUCUUAAUGCUCUUUUAAAUGAAUGCAUUCAAACAUUUGAUGACAAUGGGGAGCUGCAGGACAACCUGCUUCCUCGAACCCUACUGCUGAUGCAUCAAUGGUAUGUGACAUCCUCAGAGCUGGCAGGGAAACUACUGAUGAUGUACCAGGACUGCAGUGACGACAGCUGCCAGGACACCAGACUGAAGAUUUGUCAUUUAAUGAGGUACUGGAUCGUGACAUUCCCUGCAGAGUUCAACCUGGACUUGGGUCUGAUCAGGAUAACAGAGGAGUUUAGGGACGUGGCUACUCAGCUCGGCUGUGAGGAUCAUUUCAAACUCAUAGACAUCUCAACCAUUCCAUCAUACGAUUGGAUGCGUAAGCUGACCCAGCGGAAGAAGCAGGCCAAGAAAGGCAAGGCCUCACUACUGUUUGACCACCUGGAGCCAAUGGAGCUGGCUGAACAUCUCACCUUCCUAGAGUUCAAGUCUAUCCGGAGGAUAUCGUUCACUGAUUACCAGAGCUAUGUGACUCACGGCUGCCUUGUGGACAACCCAACUCUGGAGCGCUCCAUUGCGCUGUUUAACGGCGUGUCUCAGUGGGUCCAGCUCAUGGUGCUCAGCAAGCUUACACCUCAGACCCGUGCAGAAGUCAUCACCAAAUACAUCCAUGUGGCUCAGAAACUUCUGCAGCUGCAGAACUUCAACACUCUGAUGGCGGUAGUGGGGGGACUGAGCCACAGCUCCAUAUCUCGACUUAAGGAGACUCACUCUUAUCUGGCUCCAGAGGUUGUGAAGAUCUGGAGUGAGAUGACAGAGUUGGUAUCUUCCAGCAACAACUACUCCUGCUAUCGCAAGGCCUUCAUCGAGAGUCAGGGCUUUAAAAUCCCCAUCUUGGGUGUGCACCUCAAAGACCUCAUUGCGGUGCAUGUGGUCUUUCCUGACUGGGUUGACGACAGUAAUAAAGUGAACCUGGUGAAAAUGAAUCAGCUCUACAUGACCUUCAAUGAGCUGGUGUCAUUGCAAAGUGCAGCAGCUCAAGUGGAGCCCAACAUGGACCUCAUCUACCUGCUAACGCUUUCUCUCGACCUUUAUUACACAGAAGAUGAGAUUUAUGAGCUGUCAUUGCUCAGGGAACCACGUAACCCCAAAUCAUUGCUGUCUUCUCCAACGACUCCCAAUAAGCCCCUGGCCCCACUUGACUGGGCCUCAGGUAUCACCACCAAACCAGACCCCUCUCUAGUCAAUAAACACAUCAGGAAGGUGGUGGAUUCUGUCUUCAGGAAUUAUGACCAUGACCAUGAUGGAUAUAUUUCUCAAGAGGACUUUGAGAGCAUCGCUGCUAAUUUUCCCUUCCUGGACUCCUUCUGCGUUUUGGACAAAGAUCAAGAUGGACUGAUCAGUAAGGAUGAAAUGAUAGCCUAUUUUCUUCGGGCUAACCCACUGCUCCAGUGUAAGAUGGGACCAGGAUUCAUCCACAACUUCCAGGAGAUGACAUACCUGAAGCCCACUUUCUGUGAACAUUGUGCUGGAUUUCUCUGGGGAAUCAUCAAACAAGGCUAUAAAUGCAAAGACUGUGGGGUUAACUGUCAUAAACAGUGUCGGGAGCUGCUGGUUCUGGCCUGUAGGAAGCUGAUCCGCUCCGGCUCUGUGGGCAGUGUUUCCCCUUCCAGACUGACCCACAGCUCACUGCCCAGCAGCCCUUUACUGCCCACCUGUGAAGAUGAGGAUGAGGUGUUUGAGUUUCCAGCUGUCACAUCAGCAGGGGCAGCUCUGGACACUCAGUCAAUCACCCUCAUGACCGGCUCAGCCCAGAGAAUAUCUGUGCGCCUGCAGAGGGCCACCACCAGCCAGGCCACCCAGACUGAACCCCUGUGGUCUGAUCACAACUGGGGGGCCAGAGAUGGUGGCUCCCAUACCUUUCCUAAAAUGAAAUACAGGACUCACAGGAAGACAUCUAAAAAUAAAGGUUUUGCCUGCUGGGAAAACCAAAAUGGUGGGCAGCACCAGGCGGAUUCCUCACGGUGCAGUCUGGAGUCUCAGGAGAAGCUGGACAGCUUAGGGGAGCUUGUAAAGAACGGCUUUACACUCAGAGGGAAGGACAGCUGACUUGGUGAGGGCAAAUCCCGAAGGUCCAGAAAGCCCCUGGCAGCAGGAACCAGGAAGCUCCUCUCUGUGGGGGAGGUGCUGGGCUGCCUGAGGUCCCCCUUCAGUGACGUGAAGUUCUCAUGGCCUCUCUAGACUUCAGCACAGACCCAGCUAGAGUAGGAGACAGUGUAGCUCAAUCAGGAAGGGUGGCUCAGUGGAUAACUGACCUACACCAACUGUGAAUUACGUGGAAUGCUAAGAUGAUACUUAGUUGUGGGUUAUUGGUCCAGAAUGUACAUAUAAACUGCACUGGAAAACGUGAGAAGUAGAAUAAGAAGAAGCAUAUUUUAUUCCUUACACGGUCGCAGAUCUGGUUCAGUUUAGUGGCGCAUAACAGCUAGGUUUAAACCCCAGCUUGGGUUCACUAUGAUAAAGUCAAAUCCUGCUUGAUCUGAGGAUAGCAAAAAGAAAGUUCUUAGUUGUCACUUUCCAAAUUGGACUGAUGAGAGAAAGCACGGUGCAUGUCAGAGACUGAGUAGAUAUUUGUAUGUGGGGCAGUAAAUGAAGGGAAAGUCAAGUUGAAAGUGAAGGUUAAGGGCAACCAACCAACAAUCAAAUGGGACCCUUGGAAUGGAAGAGUAUGCAAAUCAUACAUUUUUAUUUGUUUUUAACAUAAACUUUAUUUUGACUUAACUCCAAUUGUCACAAUCGAUCUAUUCAUACGUCCAGUAUGUCUUAAUUUCGCAGGGGGACUGGAGCUAUGGUUUCUUUCAAUCCAGCUGAUAUUUAGCGAAAAGACAGCAGUCAAUCACAAGGCCAACACACACAGACAAGCAACCAUUUAAAUUCACAUUCACAUUCAUACCAGAGUAAUUAACAGAUGCACAACCAAAGUGUCAACCAGAAACAAUGUGAAAGAUGAUCCGCUGUUAUCAUUUGCUAUCGAGAAGCCAACCCAUGGGCCUCGCAAUAUGAAGUGGAUUGUCACUGAGACUGAUGACGUGACUUUGUGUUGAAGAAGGAAGAAGCUCCCUCUCACCUCACGAAAACUCAUCAGGACAAUUGUGUGCUGUCCUCUUGUGGACAAUACUGAAAUACAAAACACCCCUUUGUGUGCUCUGAUGAGUUGCAUGGAAAAUGUGUUCCUCCUGGUUGAUUGAUUGAUAUAUAUUUUGAUUGAAUCAUUUAUAAAUUGUCAUCAAAGUGAUAGUGUACAGGGAUGUAGUUUUUGGGUGUAUACUGUAUAUAGUUGUAAGAGACCUGGUAGGUGUAACCUGCUAUCUGGGGACAUACAUUUGGCGUUUUAGAAAAGGUAAAUGUUGUGAGUUAAUCACACUGUAACUAGGUCUGGCCCAGUUCGCACACAGAUUUAAAAGACCAAUAAAUAACUCUACCUCCCUAAAUACUGCAAAAAUAGAUUUAUUUACUAUAAAUGUUGUAUUUCUAUUAACUUAUUUUACAAUGACGGCCAAGUGUUUGGACAGUUACACAUUUUUUGCUUCAGCAUAUGAAAUAAAAUGAUGCUAGUGGGAAGUCCCAGUAGGUUGAAAACAAUGUAGAAAGAACUUACGUCAUACGACAUACGACUUACAACUUUUUUUAUCAUCAGCUCUUCUGGUGUUUAAAGUAUUUCAAUAUUUAGUGGAAGCUCCUUUACAGUCAGUGACUGUGUGAAGUCUUUGACUCAAACACCUCAGCAAAUGCUUUGUAUCUUCCUUGGUGAUUCUCUCCCAAAGCUUCGCUGCAGCCUCCUCAGUCUUCUCUCGCCUAAUAUUUACUGUAUAAAUGUGAUUAUUCAUUACAUAAUUACUUAUUUAAUAUUUAAAAAAAUUGUGUUCUGCUCUUAUGAUUCUGAGUAAUAGGAAAGAAAAUAGUUAAAGGAGCAUUAAAACAUUUAAAUUUACUUUAUAUUUACAUACUCUCCUUUAUUUUGUUUAAUGUAUCUAAUUUAUCCUUUUACCAUCUAGACAUAAACUAACUGUAAUAUUUAAAAGAAAAAAAUAAGUUUUCAGUGACCAGAACUCUGCACUGGAUAAAAAUAAACAUCAUAAUAAUAACGUUUUUUUAUUUAUAGAACACAUUACUAAAUGUAUAAGAGGGCAACAUCUUAAAACAAAAAUAUCACAAACAAUUUCUUUAUCAAGUUCUCACUUAUGUCAAAAGCAAUAAUGCAUUUGUGCAAUGUCAAAAGUCAAUUAAUAAAAACAUUUCGGAGGCCUCGGUCAGGUGAAUGUGACGUGAAGAGGCUGUUGACAGCAGAGGGCUCUGGCAUAGAGGGAGGUUAUAACAGGUGGAAACUACAAGCUGGUGUUUUACCCUCAGUCAAAUGUGUCCAAGAAGUGCUUUAAAAAGGAAGAGGAUUUAUGGAGCCUGAAUUAGCCUGAAUCACACAAUGCUCAUGACUCAACUAAUCAACAUGUACAUACUUAUAUCAGCUUAAAUGAACCUGUUCAUUCUUGCACAGAUAAUUUUGUUUCAUGGAGACUGAACAGUGUGAUAUUAUGUUUGUACUCAAUAGGUUGUAAUGACCUGGAUGCUCUUCCAUAAGCAUCUGCUGUCUUUGAAGACAGUUAUUCUUGUUGCAUAAUUCUGUUUUGCUUCACUGGCACUGAAGUGACAGAUUAUUUCCUAAUACUUUGAGUUAUGCUUCUGGAUGCAGCGUAUGUGCUCCUCCAGCUCAAGCCUUCUGCUAAGACAGCCUCCCCUGGCCAGAAUUUAUGUACAAAACUCCAGAAUUUGUCUGUAUGCUGGGAUUAGUAUGGCAGAUACGUGGAUUGAAGACUCAAGGUGAGAAUACUCUGUAUGAACUUUACAUUUGCAAAAAAACGAAUGCAGGCCAGCUUACAAAUCAGAGGCAGAGUAAAGCAGGUGAUGUUUUCACUGUGCUAGGACAAAUAUGUAUUGCAGGACACUAAUGAACCACAGGCAAUUUUGAAGUGGAUAUACUCUAUGCUGAUUGAGAAAUGCGUGUGUAUAUAUGCCAUAUAUGUGCGUAUACUUUGCACUUCACUACUGAAAGCAGAAAUAGAUAUGGUCCUGUGUAUUUCCUCUUUUUUGCGAACUUGACAUUCUGAUGAUACAGCAGUUGAAGCUGCUGCCUAUCAAAUGUUAGAGAAGUUUAAAAAUAGCUUAGCUCCCCAUAGCUUAAGAUGAUAUCUUCAAUCUUGAAAACCCUGAAUAAAUGAGUAUUGAAACAAAAAUUCACAUGAUUCACUGUCAUUGGGAUUGCAUUCAUUGCCACUGAAUGGGUUGAUGAGAAAAAUGAUAUGAGUCAUCAGGCUUUGGACUGAUGAAAGUACUGUCCACCACCGUCAUUCCCUCCAGUGGCGUUACACAACCUGAAGACUUAACAAGCAGUACUAGAAGCUGUACUGUUCACAUGUACAGUACCUUCCAGGAGCUACUGCCCAUACAACCCAGGAAGGAAGGGGGGAUCUCUAUUGUGAAAAGAUCCAGCUUGUUUACUUGUAAGAUUCAGCACUGUACUGAAACAUUGUCAGACUUAAAAAUCAAUAUAGCUAAACCACAGAUCUUUUUCAUAUCUCUUUACUGUCAAAUCCUGUCCAAAGUUCAUGAUGUUACAUCAUGCACUAUUUUGCUGGUGCAUAUGGACAACCUCUCCUAACUGUUGUUUUGUACAGACACUGAAACAUAAGGUCAGAGAUGAUGGUGGGUUAUGCUGCUUAUAGAGUUUAGAAACUCACUUCUUGUUAACUCCAUAUCCUUUGAGUUCUUUACUAGUUUUCAGACCCAACGGAUGCUGACUCAAAUGGCAUCAUUUGUGGAUAUUGCAGGACACAAUUAGCACCUGUAAAUGCUUAGACUUAGGAAUUUCAGUGAUGAUAAAAGGGACAAAGUUGAAUUAUCUCCCGACCUUUAUCACUGCUGUGUUGAUUUGCAAUUUAGAAAUCGAUCCUCACCUUUUAAUGUGCUACCUUUAGUUUAAAGUACAACCUCACCUAGGUGAGUGGUCGUCCUCCAACCUAAAGGUCGGCAGUUCAAUCCCCAGUCUUUCUCAUCUGCAUGCUAAAGUGCCCUUGGGCAAGAUGCUAAACCCCAAAUUGCCCCUCAUAGAGCAACAAAGUGCUGCUAAUAGAUGCACUGUACGCAUGUGUGUGUGAAU